AUGGAAAAUUCUAGUGCUAUCCCUGAACAAAUAAACUUACAAACUGAGGAUGUUUUGGCAUCAGAUAUAUCUGAUAACACUUCAAAUUUUGAUGAUAUUCUCAUGAAAGAAAUUUCAUCACUUAAUGAGAGUCAACCUGAUAAGGAGAAAGCUAUUACUCACAAUUCUAUAACUGGAAUAGAUCAUAGCUCAACCCAGGUCCAAAAAACUGAAUCAUCUACAACCUCUUUGUCACAAAAUAUUGUCAAUGACGAUAUGGAUGAAGCUCUUGAUUUUGUAGAAAUGAAACAUAAAGAACAUGUUAGUAAAGCAACAAUGAAGAGAAUUAGGAGAAAAAAACUUCAAGAUCAAAAUUCAUCUUUGGAUAUAUCUUCGGAUAAUAAUUUAUCAUGUGAUUCUGAGUCUAAAUCGCCUACUAAUGUAUCAUUUAAUCAGAGACAUGAAGUGCUUUGCUUCACAAAAAUUCCUUAUAAUCAAAAAAAGCAAUUUUAUCAGAAUCUAAUAGCAUUACGUCACAAAGUAUCAUUAAUCUAUUUAGGGUAG